AUAUAAAUGGGGGUUUGAAGAUAACAUUAAUAUAUCUGUUUAAGCGAAAUAUGGUUUCCUAUGGAUCAAACUAAUUUUCUAUUCUAGGAAAUCUUCCACUUUGCACAUAUGCUAAUUCCUCAAGAUCAGCAUAUCCACCGCAGCAUACUUUUGACAGAAGAACAUGGCAGUACUAGGACUGCUCUCUCUCUCUCUCUCUCUCUAUCUCUCUCUCUAGCUUUAGCUUUUGAGCAAGUCCCAUGAACAGGAAAAAGUAGGGCAGAGAAAAGCCAGGAAAAUGCCACUAAAUCACUGCUUAGAUUAACUCUCAGUUACGAUGAGAACAAACAUGAGAUUUAAGUUCCAAACGCAUCAAUCUUUUCCCCUUUCCCCCUUCCCCCUUCGUAAACAUACCUUUUUUCCUGUUUUGUACAUGCCCUUGCUUGCUGUUUUCAACUAACCGAUGCCUCUUUUCUCAAGUUUUCUCAUAUUCCUUGUGUCUUUUCUUCCGUCUCCGGAAUAAGAAAGCUGAUUCCUCAAGCUUUACAUAUUUAUAUAUAUACACUCACAACUUGAUGCUGGGAAGAAAAUUAACUUCUCUGAAGCAAACACAAGCUGAUGCUUCUCUUGAUCCAAAUGUUAUAUCAUUGUUCUAGACGAAAAGGCAAUCAACAAACUUCUUAACUAUGACCGUUGCUAGAUCAGAGAUGGCUGCAAUAUUUCUUCAGAGUUUCUUAUUCUUCUUCUUCUUCUGUGUUCUACUGAACUCAGGCUCAAGCAUUGCAGAAAAACUUCCUCCAGAAGGCACCAGGCAGAGCCGGAAACUGGACAACGAAAAAAUUCCAGUAAUGUUCUUACCGUCUGGAUCAGCUUCCCAACUUGAUGCUGCUAUUCCCAUUGUCAACCCUAAUCCUCCAUCCACGGAAACUCCUAUAGUAAUGCCUGAAGGGCCUCCGCCUCCAACCACCACAGAACCAACAAAUUCUCCUGCAGUGCCAGUGAACCAGCCACCUCCAACCACCACAGUACCAACAAAUUCUCCUGCAGUGCCAGUGAACCAGCCACCUCCAACCAGCACAGAACCAGCAAACCCAGCACCGCCAACCACUGCAGGGUCGGGAGGAGCUUGGUGUGUUGCAAGCCCAACUGCAUCACAAACAGCUUUGCAGGUAGCUCUUGACUAUGCAUGUGGUUAUGGGGGGACAGACUGUUCAGCAAUUCAACCUGGGGCAAGUUGUUAUAAUCCAAACUCUCUCCGUGACCAUGCCUCGUAUGCAUUCAAUGCAUACUACCAGAAGAAUCCAGUUCCAACUAGCUGCUCUUUUGGAGGAACAGCACAGCUUACCUACAAUGACCCAAGUUCUGGAAACUGUCAUUAUGCAUCACCAAAAACAUCUACAUCAACACCAACACCAACACCACCGACGAUGACAACACCAACACCACCAUCACCAAGCACAGCUUCACCGGUGAAUCCUUACACCCCUCCUGUACCCUCAAUUUAUGGUUCAGAACCGACAGCCAGCCCCAGCUCAGCAGAUUCAACGUUGCACAACCUACGGGUGCUCUUCAUGAUGAUUUGUUUGAUGCUGCUCACAGGACAUUGUCUCUAGACAGUAAAAUAGGAAAUUGAGUUGUUCUCUCUCUGCGGUGACAUGAUCACCCAGUCGUCUCUACAUUCUAUGUGGAGUACCAGAGUACCAAGAGGACACCAUGAAUUUAUACGAUGUCAGGGGUUUUUCAUUAUAAGAUCAUUGCCAUACUUCGUCUACUUAUGAAUUGUAGUUCAAGUAAGGAGCCAGGAGAAGAUGAAGAAGAGUUAAGAUAGUCAGUACUUUGCAGUUACUACUACUACAUACUAGUAUGAUUCUUAUAGCGAAUUCUGCAGUUAACGAAAGUACUUAGUCAAGACCUGUUAAUUCUAGGAGUCUUUAGUGCAGAGACAUGUACAAUAGCAAUCAACUCACCAAGUUAUCAGAAGAGCAAUAAACUACUGCAUUCAGUACUCAACAUAUACAAUUGUCUUAAACAUAUACAAGGCUGAAUCAGGAUGGUCAUAAACAUAUACUCUACCAAGCCACAGAAAAGUAACUACAGUGUCAAGAGAAUAUUUACGCGGGCAUAUCCCCUCAUGUUUUACAUGUACAUGAUGAUAUUUGUCAUUUGAUUCCCUGAUGGCACUUAUUACUGGUUUAUUUUGCAGAACAAAAUAUUAAUUGUACAAACUGAUAAGUUGUAUUUCCCUCAAAUACAAUCAUCUCAU